AUGCAGCCUCGGCUGUGGCUCCUCCUCGCUGCGCAGCUGGCAGCUCUCCACGGUAGCACGGCACUCCACCAGAUGCCUGGGUCUCUAAUGGUUAAGACCAAUGAAACAGCGGUCCUGUCUUGUGAACCAAAAACCUCCUCUAGCACGCGCAUCUACUGGCUGAGACAGCGAACGAUCCUGAGCCCAAACAGUCACUAUGAGUUCCUGGCCUUCUGGGAUACCAUGCAACUACGGGCUGUGCUUGGCCAAGAGGUCGGGCACGAGGUGCUAACAGUGUCUCAGAGUGGGCCUCGGUCCACUCUCAGCCUCACGAGGGCCAAGCCUUCGGACAGUGGCACUUACUUCUGCAUGACUGUUGGGAACCCCCAGCUGACCUUCGGAAAGGGAACACAUCUGAAAGUGGUUGAUGUCCUGCCCACCACUGCCCAGCCCACCAAGAAGACCUCUCCCAAGAAGAGAGUAUGCCGGUUCCCAAACCCACAGCCUCGGCAGGGUCCAUCUUGCAGCCCCAUCAUACUUGGUCUCCUAGUGGCUGGCAUCCUGGUUCUGCUGGUGUCCCUGAGUGUGACCGUCCACCUGCACUGUCGUUGGCGGAGAGCCCGGCUUCGCUUCGUGAAACAGUAA